UCAUAGUAACACUUCCUUGUUUCCAGUAUGGUGUAACAGUAAAUGCGUGAGUUUUAUUUAGGCAAUUAUUUUAUGCGUAUCAAUAGUUAAUGCACGAUUUCUGGUUAAGAUCAGUACAGUGUUUUACACUUAAACGUUCACGAUGGGUUUACUGACGAUCUUGAAGAAGAUGAAGCACAAGGAGCGUGAAAUGCGUCUACUGAUGCUUGGUCUUGACAAUGCUGGAAAAACAACCAUCCUAAAGAAGUUCAACGGCGAAGAUGUCAGCACGAUCUCUCCAACAUUAGGCUUUAACAUUAAGACACUCGAGCAUAGAGGGUUUAAGCUGAAUAUCUGGGAUGUGGGUGGUCAAAAGUCAUUGAGAUCAUACUGGAGGAAUUAUUUUGAGAGUACAGAUGGACUGGUGUGGGUAGUGGACAGCGCUGACAGAUUGAGACUGGAGGACUGCAGAAAAGAGCUGAGUACUUUAUUACUAGAGGAGCGAUUAGCGGGAGCCACUCUUUUAGUUUUUGCCAACAAACAAGACCUACCUGGUGCUUUAUCAAAAGAUGCCAUUCGAGAGGUUUUAACCCUUGAUGAUAUUAAGACCCAUCACUGGUGCAUUGUGGGAUGCAGUGCCGUGACAGGUGAGAACCUGCUAACAGGUGUGGACUGGCUACUUGAUGAUAUAGCAGCUCGGAUCUUCACAACUGACUGAUGGACUGAAUGAACAUAAAAAUGUUCAUGUUGGACUGAAAAUGUAUGCAGUGCUGAUGUUUUUCCAGAUAUGUUUAAGAUGUCAAAGUAGCUAUGCUACCAACAGAUAGUGUGUUUUUAAAAGCCCACAAAGAAAGCUGUUUGCUUGAAAUGGUUGGAAAUGGGAGCCAGUUUGACAUUUUCCUCAUGUACUGUUCAGCACCACCUGUAACCUGUUCUGAGUGUUCAGAUGCGUUAAGAGACAUCAUCACGUCUGCCAAAAAUACACUCGAUUCUGCCCCGACAAAUUUGGUCUGUGGUAAUUUUUUCUAUUGCAAUUGCUGCUGCCUUUUUCAUGAUGUUUAAAGUAAUUACAGGUCAGUCUCCAGCCUUCCUCUUUGAUUGAAGUUCUAGAGGGUUGUUGCUUCUCAGCUAGCCAUUUUUUAUUUAUAAUAUUCAUGAAAUUUCUCCCCCCCCCCAACAUCAGAACACUAUUAAAUUGCUCUUUUAAGGGGUAUAUAAAAUAACAAAAAUAAUGAUUUUGGACCUCUGCUCAGUUUGUUCUAAAGUAGUCGUUGCCUUUUUUGUUUAAAUCUUAGAGAAAGGUAACAGUUUGUUUCUGCUGAGAAAUUAACUCGCAGUUAAUAAAGUAAGAUUACGCAGUGCUGAUGCAUUUUCUCCUGACCAUUGUUUGUGUUGUGACAAAAGGAGCCUUGUAAGUAAACAUUAACAAAUUAUCAUGACCUAAUACUGAACACUGGUAAUAAGUGCUGUGAAUGUUAAACUAUACAAAGAGCUGGGUAGAUUACUUUUUGAAAUCCGUUACUGACAUUACAUUACACAUUUUAGGUUAUAUAAUCAGACUACUUUUUGAUUACUUUCAGAUUACUUUUGACCUAAUUUGUUUAUCACAUUGAUUUAAACAAGACAAUAUUGUGCCAUAUUGAUAUAAAAAUCCAAAAACUAAG